AUGCCUUCCACCUCACAGCUUGCAUACAUCGCCGGCAACGGCAUCGGGCUCGUACUUGCGGGCUUGUACACGGUGGCUGGACAGGCACACUUCACCAACCGCUUGACGCCAGGACUCGCGGCGAAUAUCAAUGAGAUGACGCACAACACUCACAAAGCUUUCUGGUUCCUAGGCCUGGGGUUUGAAAAUCUGAAAAUGGUCCUUGGAGGGUUCGACCUGCUCGGUGCCGCCUACCUGUGGCGUGCUGAAACCAGACGUACUGGCCUACUCAUUGCUGUUGUUGGCUUCAGUGGAGGACUGUAUGGUCAGAUCUACAACCAAGACGAUCUAAGUCAAGUAGGCCUCUUCCUGGGCCUUGCUGUGGCUGGGUAUUACUUAUUGUCAUCGUCAUCAGGAAGGCCUGAAAACAAGCUGGAGUGA